ACACAGAUCAAGAUCAGACGUCUUCAGUGGCUGGCCUUGCUGCUCUCUGCACCAUGAGAAACCGGUAUCUAGGUUUGCUGCCAGGACUCUUGGUGCUGCUGCUGUUGCCAUUGGGACCCGCAGCCCAGAACUCGACAGCCUGUGCUCGGUGGUGCCCUCCGAACUCCUCAUGUGUCGACGGUACCUCCUGUCGCUGCCUUCCGGGAUUCAGUUCUUCAUCUGGUUCAGAGAUCUUCACCAGCCUCUUGGAGAGUUGUGAUGACAUCAAUGAGUGCAGACCACCCUUGACAGUGUCCUGUGGACAAUUGGCAGACUGCAAGAACACAGAAGGGAGCUACUACUGCACGUGCAUCCCAGGAUAUGCACUUGUUUCUGGGGCACUAACAUUCAGGAAUGAGAGUGAGAACACAUGUCGAGACGUGGACAAAUCACAACAGAAACCCCAAAUCUGUAAAGGCUGCAGCAUCUGCAUCAACACCGAGGGCAGCUACACCUGCCAGUGCCCGCCUGGCUUGGAGCUCAACCCAGAGGGCCCGGAGCCGUGCAAAGAUGUGAAUGAAUGUACUUUGGGACCAAACCCAUGCCACAACUCCACCCACUGCCUCAACUUCGUGGGCAGAUAUGAGUGCCGCUGCCGCCCCGGCUGGAAGCCGAUUCCCGGGUCCCCCAACGGCCCAAACGACACCAUCUGUGAAGAUGUGGACGAGUGCAGCUCCGGGCAGCAUCAGUGCCACAGCUCCACCAUCUGCAGCAACACGGUGGGUUCAUACACGUGCCACUGCCGCCGAGGCUGGUUGCCCAAAGCCGGAUUCCAAGAUAAGCAAGUGACGACCGUCUGUGAAGAGAUCUUCGCCACCUGGACCGCACCCCCUGGAAUCAAGAGCCAGAGGCUCUCCCACUUCUUUAAAAGAAUUCAGGAUCUGAGCGAAAACUUCAGUCCAGCCUCUGUGCAGAACACUAUUCAGGACCUCAUCCAGGAGGUGGGUGAUCUGCUGGAGAGCCCUAGGGAUCUAGAAACCCUGCCCCGAUCAGAGCAGCACUUUGUGGCCACUAACCUGCUCUUUGGCCUGGAGGAUGUCCUGAGAGGGCUGAGCAAAGCCCUGCCCAAUGGGCCACUGACCUUCAGUUCACCUACAGGUUCAGCACUGUCCCUGGAGGUGCAGGAGCAAGGAGACAGGAGUAUCACCUUGAUUCAGAAUCAGACAAAGAUGAUGCUGACCUGGGAUACAGUGCACGAAUCUGGUGACUCAGGUCCUGCAGUGGUGGGACUUAUCUCCACUCCAGGGAUGGGCAAGUUGCUGGCUGAGGCCCCCCUCGUCCUGGAUACAGAGAAACAGGCAGCUCUGCAUGAGGCACACAAGGAUUUGCUGCAGGAAAUCCACCCCAUCCUGUUGUCAGAUGUCAUCUCCGCCUUUAUCAGCAACAAGAACACCCAGGACCUCAGCUCCCCAGUCACCUUUGUCUUCCAACAUUCAGUGAUCCCUGGGCCAAGGCAGGAAGUGUUCUGUGUCUUCUGGCAGCGUGGCCAGAAUGGAAAUGGUCAUUGGGCCACCAAAGGCUGCAGGAUGGUGGACACCAGAGACAACAGCACCACCUGCCAAUGCACCCACCUCAGCGCCUUUGCCGUCCUCAUGGCCCACUACGAAGUGCAGGAGGAGGAUCCUGCACUGGCUGUGAUCACCUACGUGGGACUGAGCCUCUCUCUGCUGUGCCUCCUCCUGGCGGCCCUCACCUUCCUGCUGUGCAAAGCCAUCCGGAACACCAGCACCUCGCUCCACCUGCAGCUCUCGCUGUGCCUCUUCUUGGCCCACCUUCUCUUCCUCACAGCCAUUGACCAAACUCAGAUCAAGGUGCUGUGCGCCAUCGUAGCCGGCGCCUUACACUACCUCUACCUGGCCGCCUUCACCUGGAUGCUGCUGGAGGGCCUGCACCUCUUCCUCACUGCGCGCAACCUGACGGUGGUCAACUACUCCGGUGUGAACAGGUUCAUGAAGUGGUUUAUGUUCCCUGUGGGCUACGGAGUCCCGGCUGUGAUUGUGGCCAUUUCUGCAGCAUCCAGACCUCAUCUAUAUGGAACACCCACCCGCUGCUGGCUCCACUCAGAAAAGGGAUUUAAAUGGGGUUUCCUUGGACCAGUCUGUGCCAUCUUCUCUGUCAAUUUAGCUCUCUUUCUGAUGACUCUCUGGAUUUUGAAAAGCAAGCUCUCUUCCCUCAACAGUGAUGUGUCCACCCUCCAGAACACAAGGAUGCUGACAUUUAAAGCAACAGCUCAGCUCUUCAUCUUGGGCUGCACGUGGUGUCUGGGAAUCCUGCAGGUGGGACCAGCUGCCCACGUCAUGGCCUACCUCUUCACCAUCAUCAACAGCCUGCAGGGCGUCUUCAUCUUCCUGGUGUACUGCCUCCUCAGCCAGCAGGUCCGGGAGCAAUGGAGGAAGUGGUUUAAAGGGAGCAAGAAAACCAAAGCUGAGUCUGAGAAAUAUAAGCUAUCCAGUGGGGACAUGUCUGAUGCCUGCAGACACAGUGGGGAAAUCUGAAGUGUUAUUCUUUGCGCUAUCAAGAGAGAAAAAAGACUUUGUCACGUGUUUUUCAAGAAAUUCAUCAUGUGAGCAAUGUGAGUGAUGUCACGGUGGACAUGUUUGCUACUCAGUUCCUGCAAAACCUGGACUUCUUCUGUGCCCCACAGUGUGCUCAGAAAACUUUCAACGUAUCAAAGGCCAGCUGUGGUUCAAUUCUUCUACCAUGUUGGGUAAAGCCCUUUGCUGAAGCCUCUCCUUCCUACAAAGACUCUUCCAGAUGCUGAAACUCUAUGAGCAGGAAAACCAGCCUCAAGGGAUUUUCGUAUGAAAAACAUCCAACAGCAUGAGGGUGCUCACACCAUAGUCCGGAUUUUUAAAUUCCUUUAUUCUGUUUUCUAUGGGUUUAAUUAUUUGCUCACUCAAAAAUAUUGAUUACUCACCAUGUCCAAGGCAGAGAUCAAGAGAGACACAGGUCCUGUCUUCAUGGAGCUUUCAGGGAGAAAAACUGUAGAUUCCAGUCUGGGCCUGAAGGCUGAGGUGAAAUAUGAGAAACUGGAAUGUGUUGUACAAGAAGGUCAUGAAGUAUGGAAAGGGGCAAGGAUUUGGGGGAGGAAUUGUGAUAGCUUUGAUAUGGAGUGGAGUGUCUUGGGGAGACAGAGGAAGGCUUGAGGGGCUGGUUGCCUAGUAGGGAUCAGGGGGCCAGGUGAGGGGCUGAGAGGCUGCUGCUGGAAUGGGGAUAUGAGAGAGUGUGGAGAGAAUGGGCAAGGUUGGGCAGAUACGUGGGACCAGGGAGGGAAAUAGGAGAUGGGCAUUUGGAUGGAGUCAGAGUGUUCUCAGUGCUCUUUGGCAGCUGAGGACAGGGGUGAUCCUGGGAUUGG